CUGCCUCUGAACGACAGACAACGUUCUAUAAUAUCUCGCAGUCAUGUCUGGUGCCGCGGGCCGUGAGCCAGUCUUCCCGACUCGCCAGUCGCUGGGGUUGAUGAAGAGCAAGUUGAAGGGUGCAGAAGUUGGACACAGUUUACUCAAAAGAAAGAGUGAGGCCCUGACAAAACGCUUCCGAGAAAUCACACGACGGAUCGAUGAAGCCAAACAGAAGAUGGGACGGGUGAUGCAAAUUGCGGCUUUCUCGCUGGCCGAAGUGAGCUACGCGGUUGGAGGGGAUAUCGGCUACCAGGUUCAAGAGUCCGCCAAGCAGGCUCGCUUCCGCGUCCGAGCCAAGCAGGAGAACGUGUCCGGUGUCUUCCUGCCUCACUUUGAGAGCUACACGGAAGAGGGGAUCAACGACUUUGGGUUGACGGGCCUAGGAAAGGGUGGUCAACAAGUACAACGCUGCCGGGAGACGUAUGCCCGGGCGGUGGAGACGCUGGUAGAGUUGGCCAGUUUGCAGACUGCGUUCGUUAUUCUGGACGAGGUCAUCAAGGUCGUCAACCGACGAGUAAAUGCGAUUGAGCAUGUCAUUAUCCCCCGGACAGAAAACACCAUCAAGUACAUCAACUCGGAGCUCGACGAGCUCGACAGAGAGGAAUUCUACCGACUCAAGAAAGUUUCGGGUAAGAAACAGCGCGACGUCGCAGCCGCAGAUGCCGAGCUCUUGGCUCGCCGUGAACAAGAAGCUGCCGAAGCAAUCGCCCAGGGCGACACCAAGGCCAAACCGGAAGAGGAAGCCCCUGACGCUCCGGAUGUACUCGGAGAGCAAGAAGAUACGGAUGUCAUCUUCUAGAACAUCUUGUUUAUUGCAGUUUAUCUAGGUCUUGUAAGUAGGCAGUGUAACUUCUAGCAUGCGAUUUGCUUUCACAUCA